CCGAAAUCGAAAGCUCUUCGCCCUUUAUUGGCGAGCAAGGCAUCCGCCAUGUUCACCGUUCCGUGAGUGGAACUUUGUCUGUGUGGCGAAUAACUUAAAAGGAAGCGCACAGCGCUUCUUGUAAGCUAUUCCUGCUGGACAAAUCACUCACGUUGCCAAAGCAUCCCAGCCAAGCCCAACUUGCUUCACAGCGUCCGUCGGUUUGAACCCAGAGGCCCCUAUCCGGCGUGCACAGCGUCUCCGGGAUUUCUUUUUAUUUUAUUAUUUACUUGUGCUGCUUCGACGCACCGUCGCCAGAGAUUUAGAGGAAUACUGGAAGCUACGUUUUCUCUCCUGCCAGUGGUUUUGCAUAAUCUGCACUGGAAGGGGCGUGUGGCGAUCCUGCGGCCGUUGGAAAGCUUGCUGUGAAACUGAACACUGUCGGAACGGUUUCGAACUGUAACGGUUCGCUUUUCGUCGGGACGGCUGCUCAAAGAAUCGUGCGGUGGUUAUGAACACCUCAAAGGUUGCGACUGCGCGAUCUUGAGCAAUGGAUCCCGACUACCAACGGCGCCUUCAGGGUCAACGUAGCAACGGUCACACAUCGCCGUCGAGUCCAUUGGGCGACCGUUUCAUUCCAAGCCGGGCCGGAGCCAACUGGCAGUUGGGGCUAGCAAGAAUCCCCGACAAUGCCCAGCGAAGUGUCCUGCCAAAGGCCAAGGACACCGCUGAUGGCUCCAAGGACAGCCUGGCCUAUGCUUGCCUCAUCAAGAAUGAGCUACUGGGAGCCGGCAUCGAAGAUGCCAAGGAACCGACGGAGGAGCGCCGUGUGUCGCAGGGGCAGUCGCCCUCGUCGGGCAAUCUUUUUCGCUAUGGGGCAGGACGACCGUCCGAGCCCUGGUCACCCUACAGCCUUUCUCCGGUCAGUGCCAAGAGUCACAAGCUGCUUAGCUCGCCUCGCAAGCAGGCACGCAAGAUCUCCAAGAUACCGUUUAAGGUACUGGAUGCACCCGAACUCCAGGACGACUUCUAUCUGAACCUGGUGGACUGGUCGUCAACCAAUGUGCUCAGCGUCGGGCUAGGAGCGUGUGUCUACCUGUGGAGUGCUUGUACGUCGCAGGUGACACGCCUGUGCGACCUGUCUGCUGAAGGUGACUCGGUGACCUCGGUUGCGUGGGCCGAGCGUGGCCAUUUGGUGGCUGUUGGCACCCACAAGGGCCUCGUCCAGGUCUGGGACGUGGCUGCAUCUAAACAGACUGCACUUCUUCAGGGCCACUCUGCACGUGUGGGUGCACUGGCGUGGAAUGGAGAUGUACUGUCCUCAGGCUCGCGAGACCGCUUGAUUCUUCAGCGGGAUGCCCGGACACCUUCGGGGGGUGCACCUGAGCGGCGACUGCAGGGCCACAGGCAGGAAGUGUGUGGGCUCAAGUGGUCUCCCGACAAUCAGCACCUGGCGUCGGGUGGCAACGACAACAAGCUGCUGGUGUGGAACCUGAGCAGCAGCGCCCCCGUGCAGAGCUACACGGAGCACGUGGCGGCCGUCAAGGCCAUCGCCUGGUCCCCACACCAGCACGGCCUGCUCGCCAGCGGCGGAGGCACCGCUGACCGCUGCAUCCGUUUCUGGAACACGCUCACGGGGCAGCCCAUGCAGUGCGUGGACACCGGAUCACAGGUGUGCAACUUGGCAUGGUCCAAGCACGCAUCGGAGCUCGUCAGCACUCACGGCUAUUCCCAGAAUCAGAUCCUCGUCUGGAAGUACCCGUCUCUGGCGCAAGUCGCCAAGCUGACUGGCCACUCGUACCGAGUGCUCUACCUCGCCGUCUCUCCCGACGGCGAGAGCGUCGUUACGGGCGCGGGCGACGAGACGUUACGGUUCUGGAACGUGUUCAGCAAAGCUCGUUCGCAACGCGAAGCGCGGUCAGCACUCAGUCUCUUUGCAAACAUGCGCUGAGAAGUCCGAGACAUGAACCGUGAAUGUAGAAUGCCCGUGCGUGAAUGCCGGGCUAAAGCGGGGCAGAGCCGGGUCUGCAAAGUUUGUAGACCCUUGCCGCAGGGACAGCUGCAGGCCGGGACACUUGCCAGUCCUUGAAUUCAGCGUAUACCACUGGGGCAUUCGGCUUUGUAAAAAGUCCGUUUACUGCCCUCGCGAACUGCCCUAUUUAAACAUGUGAUGUAGCACAAAGCCACACACUGAACGUAAAUGCCGCGCCGAGUGUGCCAUUGAUUGAUGCUGUGAGCUUUCGUAAUGUCUCAAAAACCUUUUUAUUUAUGAUUCGUUCUGCUUAACAGCUGAAAAAUUUCGAUUGCCUUACGUGUGGCACAUCGCUGACCGAUAAGUACAACUAUGCAAAAAUAUUCUGUUCUACGCAAGUGCUUUCCCUCAUAUCCUCAACUUUACUUGUGACCAUGCAAGACUUUUUUAUUUAUCCUGGUGCAAACAAAACUCCCCCGGACUACACCGAUUUUACCGCUGACAUUAUGAAAACUGUUUUAAAAGUGCUCAUUUACCCCGUGACGUUUUCGUUUCUAUGCCCACAGAAUUUUAUCGAAGCGUGCCAGUAGCGUCGAUCUUCUUUAGUUCAGCCCAUUCGCUGAGCUAAUUUGGGAAGUGCAAUUGGCAACUGAAGCUGGUAAUGGAGCAGUACACUGUAGAUGCAAUUGCUUUAUGCUGCAGAUCUUGCGGAAACUGUUUGGCGCAUUGGCCUGAAUGAAGGCACCUCUUGAAGCACACUGUUGUGUUCACGAUGGGGAUCCUUAAAGUUGUCUGCAGUACCCUAUGCCAUGGUCAAAUGUGUACAGUGAUCUGCAGGAAGAAUCGGUCUGCACUUCAGGCAGCUGACCUCUUCGAGAGCCACAUUUUGGGUUCUAUUUCAAUAGUUUCUAUUCGCUUACAUUGACCACUAGCUUCGACUAAAUCAAGCACAGUAAUGUCAUAAUUUAAAUGAUUUGCAGCAUUUCUUUAUGCUCUUCAAGACUGCUCACAUUUCCAUCUUUAAGCAAAUUACACAAAUGUGCCCGGUCUCGGAGUAAUUAAACCUUUUAUUGUGUAUAUAUUUUUUACCUGUACUAAGUAAAGCAUGAAAGCGUGUCGCAUGUUUUCUUUAGGCUGAAUAAAGAUAAUUGAUUCUGCAGUUUUUUUUUUAUAGUUUGUUUGUAAAACGUUUGUAAAACAGUUGACCGGCGCGAGCUCUAUAAGCACCCUUUUGGUAGUACUGCUUCCCGGCUUUAGUUUAUGGCAGGCCUUGCCCUCGAGUCAGCUUCAUUCAUACAGAGUCAUUCACCCCUCAGUGGCUCAAUAAUGAAUACUAAUUAAUCUUCUAGAAAUUGUGCUGGUAACGUGAGUAAAUGCGUUGGGCAUGAUGCAAGUGCAUUUCAAUAGAGUAUUUGGCUACAGAUCUUCAUUUCAAAUCGAAAUUCUCACAGUUCGAAGAAAAGUCGGAUGGCACACUCGAGUUUGUACAACAUUGUAGGUUUGUAAACUUGUGCGACUAAUAUGCAAGAGUAAUCAAGUACUGGUUUUGGAAUACGUGAUGUUUUCCCUGUUCACUUUAUCGUUUGGUGGUGCUGGUCGCACCAUCACAUUUACCACCACUAGCUGUGUCCACAUGAGUUGCUCGUUAAGAAAUUUUAUGGCAUGAUGAAGCUGGCAUUGGCAUGAAUGCAGCAAAAAGCACCAAGGGGUUAGAGUUGGUUGUGUGGUUGCUGCAGAAAGGUACAAACUGUCCCAUUUUACAGUUUCUGUGCAACUAUGCACCUAAUCUCGUACACUAACCCUCGUAUUCAGAAACUCUCCUUGACUUGCGAGCGCCUUCUGCCGCAUUGAAGGCACAAACGGGUUUGUGCUGCAUUAAAGGUGGUGCCAAGUCGAGUUCAAGUCUAGGUGCAUUUCUGAACACGGAGGUUGGACACCUUGGUGUGCAUUUUGCGCAAACCAGCUUGAUCAAAUUGCUAUCCUGAUUUCAGUAGGGGUAUGUUGCUGCAGUGUUCCAGGUGUAAAUGUUAAUUGACCGGUAUAGGCAUUUCUGUUUGCUUAAUUGAUGUUGGUAAAUUAGAAGGCAAGUGUGCUUUCUUGAUGCAGAUUCAUAUUCUUUUGCCAGCUCUAGCUCUGCAGGCACUGAAAUUUCUCUGCCAGUUAUUACAGUGUGUGUACAUAUGAAGAUAUGCUUAUUACAUUAGCCAGUGAUUAUAAGUUGUCACGAAGAAAAUGAAACGAAACAAGCUAGCACUAACACCAGCUAGCCUAACAAAAGUACAAGCCGGUGUCGACGCAUUAUAUGUAACAUGCGCAAUCUGUAAAUGUUGGGUCUUGGUGGGUUUAAUAUCUGUGCAUUGUGUAAAUUGCUGAUGCAGUGAUGAAUAAGGGGAUAUGUCUGUUGCAAGUUUCUUGUUCAGUUGCUGUUUUUGUUUUGUAGCACUCAACAGUAAUAGUGUUGACCAAAUCGCAUUCAUUUUUCAAUUGUUGUCAUAAAUGCUCUUGUGAAAGAACUGGCGUGAAAGUGGCGCCCAAUAAAAAAAUACAAAACCUUUGGCAUUUUCUGGACA